AUGAAUUUUAAGGAAGAAUCCGGCAGUACGGUCCCGUCGAUUCUGAAUCGUAUGUCCGAUUCAAUGGAACCACCGCCCACUUAUCAUCGGGUGAACAAGUUCACGCGUGGUUUUCAAAAUAUCGUUGAUUCGUAUGGAAUAGCUUCCUAUCGAGAAAUUAAUCCGGGUUCGUAUUUCAACAAUUAUCCAGUUUUACACUUCGUAUUUUUCAGCUACUGUCCGAAAGAUUGUGCAAAUGAAAUGACAGAAAGUGAAUUUCCUAGCGAACAUCUUCAACAUAUUGAACGGAGAUAA